AUGACCAACAACUUCUCAGUUAAACUGGGUGAAGGUGGUUUUGGUGUUGUGUACAAAGGGGAGAUACUCAAUGGUAAUCCUGUAGUGGUAAAGAUUUUAAAUGCAUCGAAAGGAAAUGGCAAAGACUUUAUCAAUGAGGUUGCCAGCAUCAGUAGAACUUCUCAUGUUAAUGUUGUCCAACUUCUUGGAUUCUGUUUGGAAGGAAACAAGAAAGCUCUUAUUUAUGAAUACAUGGCUAAUGGUUCCCUCGAUAAGUUCAUUAGUAAGAAGGGAUUCGAAAGAACACCAUCCUUGAGCUGGGAUAAUUUAUUGCAAAUUGCUAAAGGGAUAGCACAAGGACUAGAUUACUUGCACAAGGGAUGCAACACUAGAAUUUUACAUUUUGACAUAAAACCACAUAACAUUCUUUUGGAUGAGGACUUAUGUCCCAAGAUAUCAGAUUUUGGGCUUGCUAAAUUUUGUCAUCCCAAAGAAAGCACUAUUCUCAUGUCAGAUGCUAGAGGAACCAUAGGAUACGUAGCUCCAGAAGUGUGCAACAAACAUUUUGGUGGAGUUUCACACAAAUCUGACGUAUACAGUUAUGGAAUGAUGCUACUAGAAAUGGUGGGAGUGAGGAAAAAUAUUAAUGUAGACGCUACUGAAACAAGUGAGUACUUCCCAGAUUGGAUAUACCGAAGGUUAGAGCAAGAGGAAGAUUUGAGAACUGACGGGGUGAUAGACACAGAAGAGAAAGAGAUAGAAAGGAGAAUGAUUGUAGUUAGUUUAUGGUGCAUUCAAACGUUUCCAAAGGAUAGACCUACUAUGAGUAGAGUAAUAGAUAUGCUUGAAGGCAACAUGAAUUCCCAAGAAAUGCCCCCAAAACCUUUUCUUUCUUCUCCCCCCACUAUAUCGGAGUCAGAAUGGACCCGUAGUUCUUUGGAGUCUGUGUAG